AUCAUCUUGCAUUUUAAAAAAAAAAUCAGAAGAGGAAUUUCAAAAGAGAAGGACCUCGUGAACAGACGACGAACACCGCUUCUCCAUGGCGACUAAAGUGUAUAUCGUGUUUUACUCCAUGUACGGCCAUGUUGAGAAGCUGGCUGAAGAGAUCCAGAAAGGGGCUGCCUCUGUUGAAGGCGUCGAAGCCAAACUGUGGCAGGUACCAGAGACACUUCCAGAAGAUGUUCUGGCAAAGAUGAGUGCACCACCAAAGAGUGAUGUCCCGAUUAUUACACCCAACGAACUCGCUGAGGCUGAUGGAUUCGUUUUUGGCUUCCCCACGAGGUUCGGCAUGAUGGCUGCUCAGUUCAAGGCAUUCUUGGAUGCGACCGGCGGCCUCUGGAGGACUCAGCAACUCGCCGGGAAACCAGCCGGCAUCUUCUACAGCACCGGCUCUCAAGGGGGUGGCCAGGAAACCACUGCGUUGACGGCGAUAACGCAGCUGGUGCACCACGGGAUGGUAUUUGUGCCGAUAGGGUACACGUUCGGGGCGGGGAUGUUCGAGAUGGAGAAAGUGAAAGGAGGCAGUCCGUACGGGGCCGGGACUUACGCCGGCGACGGUUCCAGACAGCCCUCCGAGCUGGAGCUCGAACAAGCCUUCCACCAGGGCAAGUACCUCGCCACCAUUUCCAAGAAGCUCAAGGCUCCUCCUGCUUAAACACCAUACAUACUACAUAUAAUAUGUCUUAAUUAAUAAAUCACACAAGUUAUGUUCGGUCUUUGGGGUUUGGGUUUUUCAUAUAUUCUUUGUCGGUUAUUUCUCUAUUUUGCAUUUUGUGAUUUUCUUCCUGUUUUUAAUUAUUAUCCACUCUACAUUACAACUUCACAGCAAGUGUGUUUUGCAAUAGAAAGAAAAAAAUAAAUAAAUAAGUUUUUGCUGAUAA